AAGCCGAGGAUCUCCGAGGAGCUCCGAGGAGCGUCAGUAGGAGCGUCCGCUCCUCCUCAGCAUCCACCCCGAGGAGCGGGGGAAGCUCCGCAGGAUCCCGGAGCGCAGAGCGGUGGGCCAUGCCGUUGGUGAAGCGGCUCAUCGAGCCCCGGUUUCUGUGCCGCGGCGCCCUGCCUGACGGCGUCAUCAGUGAACUCGAGUGCGUCACCAACAGCACGCUAGCUGCUGUCAUCAAACAGCUGGGAGGCCUCAGUCGCCAUGCAGAGGACAUCUUCACCGAGCUCUUCACUGAAGCCAACACCUUCUACUUGAGGAUGAGCAGCCUGCAGGAGAGGGUGGACCUUCUGGCUGUGAAGGUGACUCAGCUGGACUCCACGGUGGAGGAAGUGUCUCUGCAGGAUAUAAACAUGAGGAAGGCUUUCAGAAGCAGUACCAUCCAGGACCAGCAGGUGGUGUCACGGGCCUCCAUCCUCAACCCGGUUCUGGAGAUGUACCAACGCUGUGACGAACCCCCCCCCCUCAACAUCCUGACUCCUUAUAGGGACGAUAAGAAGGACGGUAUGAAGUUCUACACCGACCCGUCUUACUUUUUCAGCCUAUGGAGGGAGAAGAUGCUUCAGGCCACCGAGAACAAACGAAAGGCGAAGAGAAGACAGAAGGAACAGAAACAUGUGGAGGAGUCCUCAGGAAGGGAGGUGAAGAAGGUCCGUAAAGCCCGUAACAGACGCCAGGAGUGGAACCUGAUGGCGUACGACAAGGAGCUCCGCCCCGAUGCUCGGAGGUCCCCGUCCCCCUUCCACACCUCUGACGGCUCCAUGUCACCUGAGAGGUCAUACGACCUGUCCUUCCACACCAGUCCCCACUACCACGAGGCCCAGGGGCAUGAUGGGAAGGAUCAUGUGGCGGUGGCGAGCGGUCAGACCCAGUCAUUGAGCCGCGCCCUCCGACCCGCCUCUGGGUCAUCUGUGGUCGCCCUGGCAACCGCCCACCAGCACUCACUGAGCCGCAACCAGCCGCACCAUCUAGCCCACCCCCCAGCGCUCACUGGCUCGGCCAGUCAGAAUGGAGCACGGACCAACUCUGCCAAGGAGGCCAAUGGCCAUCAGAUCCCUCCAGACCCCCCCCCUCCUCCUCCCCUCAUACCGUCAGCCGCACAAAUGCCGUUUCCCAACAUCUCCGCUCACGCAGCUGCCAUGGCAACCCCACUGCACCCUGCCGCUGCCGGUAACCAAGGUGGCGCCGCGGCACUCUCGCGCCCCUACAACCUCUCCCCUCCACCGCCCCCCCCAGCCAACCCCUCCCCCUCUCGACCCGGAGGCCCGCCCCCCCCCCUCGCUAACGUACCACUGACGACAGACAGUAGGAAGCUUCCCGUCGGGCCAAGCGUGCCACUGAAUGAUGGCCGCAGCGACCUGCUGGCCGCCAUACGCAGAGGCAUCCAGCUGAGGAAGGUUCAGGAGCAGCGUGAGCAGGAGGAGGCCAAGAAACGAGAGCCCGCAGGAAACGACGUGGCCACCAUCCUGUCGCGGCGCAUCGCCGUAGAGUACAGUGAAUCCGAGGAUGAGUCAGAACCCGAGGACCAGGAGUGGUCCGACUGAGGGGGUUUCACCCUGCCGGUCCAGAAGCAUUUAACACACACAAAUACAAUAGAUGUAAAUGUUCUUUAGGUAGAACCUCAUAGUCCCAGUUCUACAAUCCCCAGAGGGUGAAACCAUUACAUUGUGAUGACUCUUCUAUUCAGGACAGUUCAAAGUGGGGCUGGGCGGUACCAACUGGUGUCACACCACAGUGACGUUGCUCUUUGGCAGGCAGCAGAACUCAUCAGUACACGUCUUCACAGAGCGCCGGUGGUCGGAGCUACUUGUCGUUGGGUGUGAGUCAUGGUUAGAACUUUAGAACAACAAUGAAUAACCCACAACAAACUCUCUUUAACGGUGGAAAACACCACGACACAACAGCGUGUGACACAUAAACAUUUUGUAAUACUAGUAAUUGUACAUUUAUAAAAAAUGACCCAGCCGAAUUGCAUGCUGGGUACAUAAGAGAACACAAGAAGUAACUCUGUUACUACACGAAAACACGGAAAAGAGGGACACAGGAGGAGCCACCAGAGACCAGAGAAGCAUCAACACAACUUGUGUCCAAGAGAGGAGCCGAGUCUGUUUGGAGGGUAAAAUACGUGCGAUCAGAAAACGAUUUACUGCAAAGUCUGUCGAGCCGCUGGUGGCAACACUAGCAGCCACAACAAGCUAAAACGCUAACACGCUAACUAGCUACAGUCAUUUUCGGGUCAUUGAAUUAAUGUGUUUACUUGAAAAAGCAAAACUGUCACACACAGAGACACCGUCAGAAUCUUUCUAAAUCCCGUGAUAUGGAUUUUUGGCCAUACCGCCCAGCCCUAGUUCAAAGGUCACAUGUUCCUGCUUUUAUAAAGGUUUUGUCAAAGGUGGAUGUCUUAUAGUAAUAUUUUCUUUUGUAUCACACAGUCAUCGUUCAGUUAUUAGAGAUGAUUGUUGUUGUCCCUCUGAACAUUGACCACAACAUGAAUCCCUGGUCACUGUGGUAACCAAACCACAUUGUGUAGCUUCUUUGUGGCCUCCAGCAGCCUUCGUAGACCUUCUGAACCGAGCGGUCUCUGAAAUGGGACGGUCUGUCCUACGGGGGACUUCCUGCCUGCGCCAUCAGCUUUGGCUCCACUGCUCUCGUUGCCUAGCAACCUGCUGAGCUUGACAGUAAAAGCGCAGAUUAAGAAGAUAAUCUUCAUUUAAUUUAGAAAGAAAAGCUUCUCCUCCGGAGCAUGAUAUAUAUAUCAGGCUGGUUAUUUUAAAUUAAAUACUGUCAAUAAAAACCACAUCAGCAAACACA